UCCACCGAGUAACAGCGCGUCCCCGCGGCAGCAGGGCUCUAAUUUAGACAGUUUGCGGGAUCAGAAACCGCACCGGGAUUAACGGAGUUCUGCCCGUUGCGGGCGCACACACGACGGCCCCGGAGGCAUUUCGGGGAGCCUGGACGUUCCGGCCGUGAGGAGCGGCGCUCACCGCCCGGCGGAGGCGACAGCAGCGGGUUCCGUUCCGGAGGAGAUCUUUUCUCUGUCAGGAAGUUUGACGUGACUCGGUGGAAGCUUGUUUCUCGCUUUGUUUUGGUUGGGAAAAGUUGCGGACGACAGCUAACUCCGAGCGAUUCGCCACCAUUCGAUUCAGAAAACGUGAUUUUUCUGGUAACUUUAUCGAAGUUUAUUGUUUUAUCUUUAGAUAAUUCACCGUGAGCGUUAAGUUUUCACUAUGUAAAGUCUGCACAUCGACGGACGAUCCGAGUUAGCUUACUUUGACGAGUUUACGUAAACGAUGCAUUAAUAAAUCGUCGUUUUCUCUUUUGUUUCCAACUUAGCUCGAAUUGAGUUGUUAAAAUCAUCAUGACUUAAGCACAGAUAGUAUGUUAUUAUUAUGAGAUGUAGCCAUAACAGAGAAGAAAGCUCCAGUUUGGGAAUAUUUUGAAGUCCAACCUGGCAACCCGGAGAGGGAAAACUGCACAGUUAGCAGGAAGACGAGCCGUCAAAAUCACGGAAAUCGCAGAGUGUUUCCCUGUGGCUCACACAUGGGUUUCGGACAGGCUGCGCCUCGGUUCGGUGUUUGAAGCCUGAGAACAUCCCGGAGAACAAAAUGUUUUGGAAGUUUGAGUUUUCCAAAGCAGCCGGGCAGCGGCGGCGCCACAGCUGGAGCAGCUGGAUGUGAGGCUUUUCCAUCGGAACUUUUCCUGUGCGGACCUCCGCUCUGUUUGUGUUCUUAACGGCCCGGAGAGGCUCGCUUUCUCUCUCUGUGUGAUUGAACUUUCCGUUAAAGAGGAUACCCGUCCUCCCACCCCCCCGUGUCACCCGGUGAGGGUGAUCCCCUCCCCGCUAUGGCGCCCCGGUGUGACUGGACCGACGGCCGCUGCUACCGGACGCAUUCCGCCUCUGCACACCUGUGACCGGAGCCCGGGACCUGCGGGAGGAGACCGGUCCUGUCCGGGACCCACGGGGACAGGCUGUGACGGCGACGGGCUCAGCAGCGCCACCUUUCUGUAGACCUCACAAUCAAAGACCACCGCUAAAAUGAAUGAGCGGCAGGCACUCCACUCCAUAAUGAAGGACCUGGUGGCCCUCCAGAUGACGCGGCGCCAGCCCGUGUUGUCAUACGACAGCGGCAAAGCCAAGACGGCAGCGCCGACCAACAGACAGGACGACGUCAGGAUCAAGUUUGAGUUCUCAGGUGAGAGGAGGAUCCUGGUGUUUGGACGGCCCGUGCAGUUCGAGGAGAUCCAGCAGAAAGUCAAGAGUGUCUUCGGCCAGCAGCUCGACCUGCAUUACAUGAACAAUGAGUUGUCCAUCCCUCUGCGAGGUCAGGACGACCUGGACAAGGCCAUCGACCUGCUGGACCGGAGCUCCAACAUGAAGAGCAUCAGGAUACUGCUGCUCACGCAGGAGCACAGCAACGUCCCCCCCCCCUCCUCCUCCUCCUCCUCCUCCUCCUCCCACCACCUGCCGUGUAAGCAGGUGAGGAUCAAACCCUCCCAGUCCACCGGAGACGUCAGCACUGCGUACCAGUCCUCCGAGCCCAGAGGACGCCACCUGUCCACCGGUUCUCAGAACACGGGGCGGAGCUCGCCGCCUCCCGGCUACGUUCCCGAGCGCCAGCAGAGGAUCGCCCGCCAGGGCUCCUACACCAGCAUAAACAGCGAGGGGGAGUUCAUCCCCGAGACCAGCGAUCAGUGCGUGCUGGAUCCCUGGAGCAGCGCGGAAAACUCCGUCUCUGGAAGCUGUCAGUCUCUGGACAGCAACUCGGACAGCCCCUCGCUGAGGAAGUCCCGCAUGCACAGAGCCAAGAGCUACCCGGACAAUCGACAGGAGUGCUCAGACAGGGAAAACCACGUGUAUGACCGGGUGGCGGGGAAGGGAGGCACGUAUCCCCGCAGGUACCACGUUUCCCUGCAUCACAAGGACCACAGCGAAGGUCGCCGGACGUUUCCCCGGAUCCGCCGCCCUCAGGGGAACCUCUUCACGCUGGUGCCGUCGCGGCGGUCGCUGAACGGCAGCGAGGAGAGCCUGGGCAGCUGGCAGAUGGUGGACGCGCAGGGCCGGCUGCGGCCGCAGGACCGCUCCGUCGGACACAAGUGUGAGUGUCGCGUCGAGGCGGGACGCCGCGGAGAGGAAACAGUAGAGUCACUCCCGUCUUUUCCAGCUCCCAGUGCUCCUGUGACGUGGCGGCGGGGGAAGCUGCUGGGCCAGGGCGCCUUCGGCCGGGUUUAUCUGUGCUAUGACGUGGACACGGGCCGAGAGCUGGCUGCCAAACAGGUCCAGUUCGAUCCAGACAGUCCUGAAACCAGCAAGGAGGUGGGCGCUCUGGAGUGUGAAAUCCAGCUGCUGAAGAACCUGCACCACGAGCGCAUCGUGCAGUACUACGGCAGCUUGAGGGACCGCAGCGAGAAGACCCUCACUAUCUUCAUGGAGUACAUGCCGGGGGGUUCAGUCAAAGAUCAGCUGAAGGCGUACGGCGCCCUGACGGAAAACGUGACCCGGAAGUACACCCGGCAGAUCCUGGAGGGAAUGUCCUACCUGCACAGCAACAUGAUCGUUCACCGAGACAUCAAAGGUGCCAACAUCCUGCGGGACUCGGAGGGAAACGUGAAGCUGGGAGACUUCGGAGCCAGCAAGAGGCUGCAGACCAUCUGCAUGUCUGGCACCGGCAUCCGCUCCGUCACCGGCACCCCCUACUGGAUGAGUCCGGAGGUGAUCAGCGGCGAGGGCUACGGCAGGAAGGCCGACGUCUGGAGCCUCGGCUGCACGGUGGUGGAGAUGCUGACGGAGAAGCCGCCGUGGGCCGAGUACGAGGCCAUGGCGGCCAUAUUCAAGAUCGCCACGCAGCCCACCAACCCGCUGCUGCCCCAGCACGCCUCCGACCAGGCGCGGGACUUCAUCCGCUGCAUCUUCGUGGAGGCGAAGCACCGGCCCAGCGCCGAGGAGCUGCUGCGACACCCCUUCUCCCAGGUCCUGUGCUGAGACCUGAACUCCGGGUGUCUGAACUCCCUUCCAGCCCACCCAGGCCAGAAAACAUGGACCGCAUGUCCUCCUCUGGAAGGUCAAGCUCCGGCACCUGCUCUUCCAGCAGUCUCCACAAGGGGGAGACAAACCACAGGUUAAGUAUCUGGUGGGUUUCCACAGGCCUGUGCACCAGUGGUAAGCACUCCUGUGUUUACAUUCACUGCUGCAGGAAUCCCUCAAAAUAACUGCGCACAAUUCACCUGAAAGCUCCAGUUUCCUGCUCAGAUGGACACACAGGACUUUCUUCUUUCUAUACUGUCCUUUUUUUUUUAACUGCGCUCUUAAACGCCACCUCAGUGUUUAAGCUGUGGCCUUGCACUGUUUCAAUCUCAGCACCUCAGAGUGAAACGACUCAGUAUUCAGUCCAAAAUACACGACCUGACAGUGUCGUCGCAUGCAUCAACUCUGCAGAUAUCGCAAAAGUCAGUAUUCACACGUCCACAAACUGAGUUGUGAGGCCUUGUUUAAUCGGUGUUGUAAAUGAGAAUUGAUCUUUUUGCGUUUUCCACUGAGAAAAGUUUUGAGUUUACACGGCAGCGUUCUGAAAACGAUGUCCGUUCACACGAAAACGGCAGAAAUUAUGGAAACAGUGUAGUUAGCAUACCUGGCCAGGAGCAGAUGCUGUUUGUUUUUAUAAUGAAAACACACACAACCCAAAAACACUUGUUCAUAUGGACCACAUAUUGACAGACUCAACUCUUGUCUGUUUUCAAGAAGUUCCAUGUUUGGAGCACUUUUCAAAAAGAUGUGUUUUCAGGGGCUCCAAGCACUAAAACACAACCAAAGUUUGCCGUGUUGACUUCAAAACGUUGUCGUGUAAACGCGGCCUUCGUCUCAGUUCAGCAGGUUUCAGUCAGUAGCCUUCAUCCAUGUGACAGAAACAGUUAUUUUCUUCUUCGGUUACUUCUGCUUUCCUACAUUGUGACUCAGCGCCUGUCUGCUGCCCCCCGGUGGCAGCUCUCAGUAUCACAAGUGCCAAAACAAAGCAAAACAAUCCGACACGGCUCAGUUUGAGAGUCGAGUGUUGCUUUCAAAAUGAAAAGCUUUGUGCGUGUGCGUGUUUUCUGUCUGUGUGUGUGUGUGUGUGUGUGUGUGUGUGUGUGUGUGUAUGUGUCUGGCCCAAACAGCCCCUGACUGAGAAGCCUUAGCUUCACCAUCAAGUCCAAUCAGAUGCACUUUGAUAAAAAUGAAUGUUGUUGGGUUUUGUUCAAAUUAGACUUUUUUUUUCUUGUUUAAAAAGAAAGACUUCAAAUGUGACUUUUUCCCCCUGCUUUUAUUUAUAUCCCCAUUGUCCAUUCCAGUUAGAUUUUAUAAGUGAAUAUAGCUAUGUAUAAAUAUAUUUUUGAUAUUUAGACUGUGUCAGAUGGAAUGAUACUGAAUCGUUGGAAGCAGCUGGUUUUGCAGACAUUAAAGAAUAUGGGGUUGAGAAAUGGGGGAAAGAAAAAAAAAAAAAAAGACGGUGGGGAAACGAACUCUGGCUGUCUGGUUCUCGUUCCAGUCCAGAUUAUUUCCUCCUCCACACAGAAACACACCUAUAGCCAUGCUUUUAUUGCAGGAUAGCAUUACCUGACAG